AUGGCACAGCCACAGGGAUUCCACACAGGGAGUUUAAAUACUGUUUGCAAAUUAAGAAAAGCAAUAUAUGGUCUCAAACAAGCUCCACGAGCUUGGUUUCAGAAAUUUACUAUCAAUUUACUCCGGUUGGGUUUUCAACAAGCUAGAACAGAUCACUCCUUGUUUAUUUUCACUUCCAAAACUACUUCCAUAUACAUCCUCAUAUAUGUUGAUGAUAUAAUCAUUACCAGCAAUUCUUCUACAGCCAUACAAAAUCUGAUUCAGACUCUUCAUAAAUCUUUUCCUCUCAAAGAUCUUGGCAAACUUGAUCACUUCCUAGGAAUAGAAGUCAGCUCUGACAAUGCAGGAGGCAUUCACCUUUCUCAAACCAAGUAUCUAAUCGAUAUUCUUGCUAAGCUCAACAUGUCUAAUGCCAAGCCUAUUAAAACUCCAAUGGCACCCUCCUCAAGACUCACAAAUGAUGGCACUGAAAUCUGUCAGGAUUCAAGUCUUUACAGGUCAGUAGUUGGAGCCCUUCAGUAUCUUACAAUUACUCGACCAUACAUUGCAUACACAGUAAACAAGCUGAGCCAAUUCAUGCACCAUCCUCUUGAGAUCCAUUGGAAAGCAGCAAAGAGGCUGCUAAGAUAUCUUAAAUGUACCUCUCAACAUGGUUUACAUUAUAAGAAAUCUAGUGCUAUUGAUAUUCUUGCUUACUGUGAUUCGGAUUGGGCAAGUGAUCAAGAAGACAUGAGAUCAACAUCUAGGUAUUAUGUGUAUCUUGGAUCCAAUAUUGUAUCUUGGAUGGCAAAGAAGCAAAGAGUUGUCUCCAGAUCUAGCACAGAGGCAGAAUUUAGAAGUCUAGCAAGUCUGGUUGCAGAAAUUCAAUACAUUGAGAAUCUCCUCUUAGAACUUCAUAUCAGGAAUAAACAGUCACCGCUGAUUUGGUGUGAUAAUCAAGGAGCCGUCCUACUCUCUGCCAAUCCAGUCAUGCAUACUAAAACAAAACACUUUGAAUUAGACUUAUGGUUUGUGAGAGAAAGAGUGGCUCGGGGGCAAAUUCAAGUUCGUCAUAUUCUAGCAAGAUUUCAAGUAGCAGAUCUGUUCACUAAGUCUCCAAGCUCUGCAAUAUUCCUAGAAUUAAGGGACAAACUCAAUGUUGAUAAACAAUCUACCCUGAGUUUGAAGGGGGAUAAAAAGGAUGUUAAGUUAUCCCUCAGUCAUAACAGAUACAAUCUGUUAGCUGAGUUAGAAUAG